CUGGCCUUCAUCACAAUCUCACGCUGGUGCACCUCAGCGCCUAAUUGCUUCGCACGAGGUCAGCGAAAACAAUGACCAUUUGAUGCGAUCUUUGGGUGAUAGACAGGCGCGCGAGCAAUAGAUUAUAACUGAGCCGUUUAUCACGGCAGUGCCAGCUUUUCUUCCCCCAACUCCUUACACUCCUUUCCGCUUGAAAACUCCCCACUCUCUUUAUUCCACACUAUGCCUUAGGAGAAUUCGGUACACUGGCCAUUGGGAAGAUCGUGUCAAUGGCGAUCGAACAUUCCGCGCAACUCGUAAAGUAGGCAGUAACGUCUACUUCGAGUUCCAGGGUACCCAUGUUCGAGUUAUCGGGACCCUACCCUCUCCUUGUACCCCUGGCAACACUGCCAUGAUGUCCUGGCGCGUCAACGGAGGCCCUCUCGUGGCUGGGAUCCAAACUUGCGAUCCUAUCAAGCCUAACGAGCCAUUCACGUAUGUCAGCUGGGAGACAGAACCUCACGGCACCCACAACGUCAAUAUGACCUAUGGCAUCUACGGAUUAGACCCUAACUACGCGGAAGAAUUUUGGCUGGAGCGCAUUGAGUACGAUGCGCUCGAAGGAGAAGUCAUCCCGCCCCGACCACAGCCGACGAUUUCAACGCCCGCUCCCGAGCCUCCAAGGGUCACGUCGUCGAAGCCCAGGGAGAUAACCAAGACCCCUGAGGUGGUUCCCCCUCCAUCGCCCACCUCGAGCCCUUCCACCACGUCCGUGCGCACUUUCGCGGAAUUCGUUGAGUCCGAUAGGAAUGGAGCCACCACGAUGGUGAUGUCGACCGUCCCCUCGAUGACGCGAAUCACCUCGUCGUUGUCAACCGUGCCGUCGACGUCUCCCCCUAUCGAAUCAGGAGACGCAGAUAUCGAUCCCCUGGACGGAGAGUCUGAUGUCUCAGCCGGGAUGGCCUCUGGACCUGCGGCCUUUGCAAACGCUCUGGUCGGAGGACUGGUUCUCCUCGCCAUGGUUGACAUGUUGUUCUUGUUUGCGCGAAGGAAGGCUAGGAGGGACUAGGGUCGGAUCGGAAAGGCACUUCGUG